AUGGAUUCUAUGAUCGAUAUAAAAGCUCACAUCAGCAAGACUCAUCAGCAAAGGCUGAUAGUUGUGGUGGAUUUGUGCGGUCGUGGCGGCGUCGCUGGCGAUGCCCAGCUCCUUGGCGGACGCAACAACGGAGGCGGACAUACAGCUCUUCAGGCCGUGAGCAGCGGCCAGGUUUGUGCAGAGAGGCAACGGAGAAGGUUUAUGUUCCAACGGACAGGGAAUGGAGUCAGCAGUGGUGGCUAUGUUCUAACGGAGGGGGAAGUGGAGGGUAUGGUUCUAACGGAAAGGGAAAUGAGUCAAUGGAAAGGGGGUUAUGUUCAACGGAGGGGAAAUGGUCACGGAGGGGGAAAUGGAGGCAAUGGCGGAAGAUAUGGCGGGGGAAACGGAGGCAACGGUGGCGUUACAGUUCAACAAGGGGGAAAAUGGUUUAAAAACGGAGGAGGCUAUGGUUCCAGUGGGGGGAAAUGGAAGCAACAGAGCCGGAAGUUACAGUGGCUCAACGGAAGGUUCUGGCGACGGUAA